AGUUUUGAGAGAAUCGAACUCACUCAAUUAACCUCACAUCAUCAACAUUGCCCCUGACGACAUGGCCAGGUAAACCACAACCUACAUGUACCCAUCCCAGCUCACAGCAAUCUUUUGACCAGACCCGCCUUGUCCCCAACCCGCCGCAAUGCGGCACGCCGCCCUUUCGGCCCUGGUGGGUCUGCUCGCGGUAACAGGCCUGGCGGCCAAAUCGCCCAAGCGCGGUCUGGCGGCGGUGAGCAACAAGGACUGGCCCGAGGACGACGCGAUCUGGGUGCGGGAGGGCUCGCCCAUCUCGUGGUACUACAACUUCCACUGGAACGUGUCGGACACGUACGCGACGCUGGCGCAGGACCGCAUCGAGUUCGUGCCCAUGCUGUGGGGCGGCGGCGUCAACGACACCGACUUCCUCCGCAACAUGACCGCCAUGAUCGAGCCGGCCGAGGGGUCCGGCCCCAGCGCGAGGAAUAUAACGCACGUCAUGGGCUUCAACUUGCCGGAUCAGCCCUUCGAGCAUGGCGGGAGCCAGAUGAAGCCUGCCGACGCCGCCCGGGCGUGGGUGCGCAACCUCGUCCCGCUGCGCGAGAAGUUUGGUGUCAAGCUGGGGCUUCCUGUCGUUGGGGAUCCCCGUGGUGGAUGGAUCGACCCGUUCCUCAAGAAUUGCUCGGCGUUGAACAAGGACAAGGACUGCGAGUUUGACUUUGUGCCGUUCCAUGCGCUGGGGCAUUUUGGGGUGCUCAAGGACCGGGUGGGCUCGUUUUCCUCUGCAUUCCCUGGAGUACCGCUAUGGGUGGUCGAGUACGGCUACAACGACCAGAACCUCUCGACGACGCAGGAGUACUUCAACCAGUCUUUGAGUUUCCUCGAGGACAACAAGGACGUGGCGCGGUACAGCUGGUUCGGGUCGUUCCGCAGCACCGUCUCCAACGUCGGCCCCAACAUGGCCAUGCUUGACCCAUGGGGCAACUUGACGGACAUCGGGUCGUGGUACCUCGGCGGCAACGCCACCGGCAACGCGGCCAUGCCAAACGACACGCCGCGGACUAAUGCGUGCUCUGCUGAGCACCCUUGCACGGGUGGUGGUGAGAAUGCUGAGGUGAGUGUGUCUGCGGGAGGUUUGGGGUUGUGGGCAGGAGCCGGCGCGGCGUUGUUGUUCCUUCUCUAAAGAAGCGAAUGGCACAACAGGGGCAGUCUGAGCGGUAUCUGAGUGCUGGGAAUCCUGUAAAGAACAGCGGGUGCCA